CCGCUGAUAUUAUUAAGAAAUAUAGACCCAUCUUCAGGUCUAUGUAAUGGAACAAGAUUAAUCAUCACUAGACUCGGAAAUCGGGUUAUCGAAGCAAAACUAUUAUCGGAAAAUAUUGCUGGACAAAAGGUCUUCAUUCCGAGAAUGUCAUUAACUCCAUCUGAUGCAAGAAUACCUUUUAAGUUCCAACGAAGACAAUUUCCAAUAGUUGUAUCCUUUGCAAUGACGAUAAACAAAAGCCAAGGACAAUCUUUAUCUCAUGUUGGCUUAUAUUUGAAAAAACCGGUCUUCACACAUGGCCAGCUUUACGUUGCUUUAUCACGUGUUACAAAUAGAAAGGGAUUAAAGAUUUUGGUUUAUGAUGAUGAUGGAGAAAUUUCAAAUGAAGCAAUAAAUGUGGUUUACAAAGAGGUUUUCCGAAAUUUACUUGGAGAAUGAAAGCAUAUCUUUUACCUUUUCGCAACAUUUGUUGUUCUCAACAGCUUCAAUUGAACUUCGACAGUUAUAUUUCUUCUACUAAUACACGGUACUUCAAUUCUAUCCUUCCUAAUGUUGUGAAUUGAUUUCAAGAUAACUUACUGAUUAUGCAAAAGAUGGCUAAUCACAUUUUUUUCAUUAAGGAUAUAACAACUUUGAGGAUGCAAUACAAGUUGAAAGUUCGUGUUGUUCGUCUAUGGGAAGUCCUGGAUUGUUACAACUCAGACAAUAAUUUCUUCAUUGAAUUGGUUCUACAAGAUGAAAAGCGAAAUUGUCAUCUUGGAGUUGUCAGUCCUUUGGAUGAUACAACAGUGAAUUACCCACAACAAGCAAUGGAGCAAUUGUUAUUGUCUCCGCAGAGCACUUCUACUUUUCACAGUCAACAAUCAUCUUGGACAGCAUGGCAUCGAAAGGAAAGAGUUUGUCGUCCUGAUUGACCAGCACGUUUGUUGGCACACGCCUUCUACAUGGGAGCGACCACCAAACACUCACUUCCUGUCCGAGG